AUGGUCAGGAGGGAGAAGGCGGAGGUCGGAGGAGGAAGUCGACUCUGUGUACAACGAAGUCCAAUACCCCAGCAGACGCAGAGAAGAAAGCGGUUAUCGGGGGAGGGAGGCCGGUCGUCACGGCAGGGCCAAGAUGGUGAGUGUGAAGUCGAAGUCAAAGUAGAAGUUGAAGCCGAGGAAGUCGAAGAAGAAGAAGAACGUGAUAAAAAUGAACUUGAUGAAGAUGAGCUUGUCGAAGUCGAAGUCGAAGUCGAGGGCGAGGAAGAAGUAGAAGAAGAAGAAGAAGGGAUUGUUGUGCUGGCGCGGAACAGACGCGUUUUACUUUUAAAAUGGGAACCAGCAACACACCCCACAAAGGAACAACACAGGCAGGUUCUACUGACUGGGUAG